AACGGGUACCUGGUGUAUUGGUGACGUUGGUGUUGGAGUGAUGUAAGAGUGAGACGGGGGCGGAUCAGAGCCAGAGCUCUGAGGUGGUGAAGACUGAUCCUCACUUGAUUCAGUGAUAGUGCAGAAACACUCCGGCAGCAUAAACCCAGCUUGGUAAGUCCUCUCCUGUUGCAGAGGACCCGAUGACACACAUAUAAGCUACUGAGAAUUCCAUUCCAUUCUUGUGUGGCACAGCCCUGGACUCCAAAGGGGAGUAUAACGCCCAAUUUCUAAACUGAAUAAAAGAGGAAGACAUGGUAUGUGCUCUAUCCAGUAAUACGUUGCUGAGCAGAGCUGUAGAACUUUGUUGAAAAAAGAAAAAAAAAAGACGAAUGACACCAGCAGUACACUGCACAAUACAAUGGAUUUUGUAAGAUCCUUUUCACUCUUCAAACGAUGGCUUUGUUGAGUUUGUGGAUAGCUUACAUUUGGAGUUGGGCAUCUGGAGGGAAGCCGUGGGCUGCAGUAGCAAGAGGGGAUUAAUCGGUUAUUGCUUCUUGGAAAAAAAACAACCCUUUAAGAUUUAAGAGGAGGGAAGGAAAAAAGAACUAAGCCAUGGGGAUACAGCAUGUUCUGCUGCUUUUAAUAUACUUGGACCCCCUGAAUGUACUGCUCUGUGCGGGAACAACGACAAGAAACAAGAACGGGUCGCCGAGGCGGAAAGGGAAGGAGGUCAACAGCACUGUUAUUGCUCCAGUGGACCCCCCUAGGAAGGUUAAGCCGCCAAAAGCAGACCACGAUACGUGCCUCAGUUACUACGACGUGAGCGGGCAAUUUGAUAAAGAAUUUGAAUGCAAUAACACCAACCACCGUUACUGUUGUGGGAGUUGUUACUUACGCUUCUGCUGUGAUGAGAAAGUGAAAAGAAUCGAUCAAAAGAGCUGCAGGAAUAUUGCAAGUCCGGACUGGAUCCAACCCACCGUGCCUGGACCGCCUGAGCCUACAGACAAUACCUACGACCCCAAUUUGGAUCAAACCAACACAACAGUCUACAUCACAUGCGGGGUAAUCAUUUUUGUCAUCGUCGCUGGAGUCGCUGCAAAAGUUGCUUAUGAUAAAGCAACACGACCACCUCAGGAAAUGAAUGUUCACAGAGCCCUUGCAGACAUUUUAAGGCAACAAGGAGCCAGCCCAAUACCGUACUAUGAGCGAGAAAAAAUAACGGCAAUAGGUGGAUCAUCCAAAGAAAAUACACCUGUUCGUACUUCCAAAAACCAUUACACACCAGUCCGUACAAUGAAAAGCAACCACGGAGGGCACUACGGGAAGGAUAACUUCAGAAGUGGAGGGCCUGAUCUGCACAACUUCAUCUCAUCAGGAUUCGUGACGUUAGGAAGGGGGCACCAAAAAGGAGACCAGCAGUGGCCAGUGCAGUUGCUGUCUCAAUGCGGUAACCAUCAACACAAUUAUAACCACCUGGUACUUACAAGUCCAACCCACACACCUCCAAAUGAAAACCCUCGGAUGAUGAACAGCAUUCUUACUUCAGCAACCGAACCCUACGAUCUCUCUUUCUCCACAUCUUUCCAGAGUCUAUCUCACCUCCCACCGUCCUAUGAAUCCGCGGUUAAAGCUGAUAUAAGUAAAUAUUCCUCUCUGAAGAGAUUAACUGACAAGGAAGCCGAUGAAUACUACACAAGAAGACGACACCUUCCUGAUUUAGCUGCCAGAGGAACUCUCCCACUGCACGUCAUAAAAAUGAAUCAAGACCAACAAGGCAAUUACAGAGAAAGGCCGAGAAGGGUUCAGCGGGCUAUGUCACAGGACAGAGUUCUAUCACCGGAGAGGGUUCCUCCUCCACAAGAAUACGGAGGCCGCAUCCUUUCUGACGAGCAACUCCUGUCUGCUGAGCGGCUUCAUUCCCAGGACCCCCUCCUUUCCCCUGAUAAGGUGAUGUCCCUCAAACGCUCUGGCUUUCGUGAAAAGGCCAUGUCUCGAGCCUUGUCUCACACGGAUGUAUUUGUGUCAACACCGGUCAUGGACCGAUACAAGAUGACAAAAAUGCACUCUCAUCCUAGUGCCUCAAACAAUGCAUAUAACACUUUGACCACGAGCCAGACUUCCAACAAACGGCAGGCCUUUGCUUCGCGACGGACCCACACAGUGGAGCAGCUCCACUUCAUCCCAGGACACCACCACCACUACCGCACAGCGAGCAAAACUGAAGUAACUGUUUAACGAGAGUGCAUGAAAACAACAAAAAAAGAUCCCAGCAAAACAAAAUACAGUGAUCUAGUGGUUCCAAGGUAAUCUCUCGGAGAUCCAUUUUUGAUGAGAAAUGUAUUUGCUUUCAGCACCAGCUUUUCCCAGUCAUUCAGUUUGUUCAGUCAUGAUGGUGGAUAAAUGGUGCAAAGGAAUAAACUGACCUCUUCUCUGUGUGCAUUCAACAGUUUCUAUCAAAGAAAGCCGUACAUUCUUAGGGCAACAAAUAAGGGCUUUGCAUAUUGGCGCAGUAAGCUUAAUAGCUCCAGGGGUAAUCAUCCAAGACAUCCCAUUGAGUACAUUGUAAGCCUUGAGGGAUGUACUGCUAAGGGAACUGUCAUAUUACAUUAAAUAUUUGUGAUUUCAAUCCCAGUACUAGCUUUAGAGAUACCUCUUAUACCAAACUAGUGUAAGCAGUUUUGUCAGUGCCUCUCAGAAAUGCCGCAUUUCAAUUAUGAAGUGGCUUUGUGGUUAAUAAGCACAAGAAAUCCAAAAGCUAUAUUCUUUUUUGUUUAAUGGCUAGCCUAUUAAAAAAAAUAAAAACAUGGAUCUGUUUUAUUGUAAAUAGGCUGUUGCAGCUUCUGCUAAACUGUGGGUAAUACGCUGUCUUUUGAACCAGUAUAUCAAUAUCAGAUUGCAACUGCAGUAGCAUUAGAGGGACGAAAGAAAAGAGAGAAGACAAAUGGAGGACUUUACAAUAUGAGGUGAUUAGACAUAAUCAAAACUAAAAUUGACUGAAUGGAUAGGCUAUAUGUUUUUGAGUAGGAUUUAGGAUACAAACGAUUGGUUCGUAUUGCAAGUCAGACUGGCAGAUGUGCCCCAGUACACCAUAUGAAUAGAAAAAAUGCUUUUGCGACAAUUAACCUUUUUUUUCUCUGUUGUCCCACAUUUUCAGUCUAGGCCUGGAAAAGACUUAUUUACAUAUCAAUAAUUAUGUGUUGUUGUAAAUAAUAAUUGAAUAUGUCAACGUGGAAUCAUUAUUGUUGUCUUUUAAUUGUUGAAAUGUUACAGCUGUCACAAUGUAGCUAAAAACAGGCAACAGAGAAAUGAUUAUUUUAAAACUUGAUAGGAAAGGAUUUAAACUGUGAACUGUGUGCUCUGGUAGGUUCUGUUAAAAAAUAUGUCUUAUGCAGUAUAAUGGUAUCCCAUACAAUUAGCAGCAUUAAUUUGCAUUCUUUAAAUAUGUUUCAUUACCUUCUGGAAGGUAAUGAAACAUAUUUAAAUGGAAAUUGCCCUUUUUUGUACUUCCUGCAAGGCAGAUGUAAAGUCUAUCACCAAUUUAAUGUAGCCAGGUAGAAUAUACCUCAAAUUGAAAGAGUUUCGUCUAUAACUACAGAUUUCUUAAAAGGGGCUAGUGAAACACAGAGAGAAAUGACAGACUUUCUUUAAAUUGCUAUGUUUAUAAUUAAUUAAAACAAAGAAGAAUAAGGAGGAUAUGUACAAUGUUCACCUUGAAGUCAGCUAAUAAUCUCCUUUUAUUUUUAUUUGACUAAUCACACUUAUACCCAAUAUAACAAGACACCAGUUAUGUAAAAAUGUUUAUAUAAACAAAUUUUACUGAAGGCAUGCAGAAUGAAGUACCAAGUAUGUGCCCCCAAUGAUAAUUCUAAUUUGACUUGCACAAAUUCAGAGCCUUUUCGGAUAUGGACCUGCAUGGCAUUAAAAAAAAGACCAAGUAUGCAUGGCUUUGUAUGAUGGAAACUGUUCUAAAUGUGAGGCAGGGGCAAAGACUUUAAUGCCUGAGCACAUCAAAAGCUGGCUGAUUUAGAUUUGUCUCUACACGUGCCUAAAUUGAGGGACUUUUAAUCAAGUGCAAAAGAGUGCUCUGCAGAGACGUGUAAAACAGUGUAAUAAUGUCUGUGUUAAUCAGAUGCUUUUACACAGCAUCGUAUGAACUGUAAUUCAGACCUGAUUGUUGCAGUAGUGUAAUACAUGGGAGUGUAAUAGUGUAAUACAUGGGAGGUGCACUGCAAAGCACUGUUAUCAUCCAUAAACAAAACAUUCAGAUUCAAAACUGAUUCAGCAAGGAUGUUGCAGUUAUAUUUGUUUGUUAAUUUACUACAAGUAUAUAUCUGAAUAAAACUAUCGGCUAUCUUUACUAGGAAAAAAAAAACAAAAAAAAAAAAAACUACAUAUUUGUGUCUCCUAUUA